AUGUCGGUAGGUAUAGCAUACUGUUUACAUAUAUCACGUGCUGAUACCUUCUCAGUGGACUCAUAUAUACUCGACCUACGCACAUCGAUUGAUCAUGCUCUUGCCUCGGCCUACCGACGAAACGCAUACGAUGGAAAGUCCAUAUACGUUGGCCACAUCACCCUGGUCAAAGGCGUGCCCUUCUUUGGAUACAGUGUUGGAUACAAGAUCUUUCUCAAGGUUUACAUGCUCAAUCCCAUGCACAUGACGCGAUUCGCCGAUUUACUGUAUCAGGGCGCCAUUUUGAACCGCGUCUUUCAGCCAUAUGAAAGUCAUCUACAAAAUAUCCUGCAAUGGAUGUGUGAUUAUAACCUGUACGGGUGCGAUUAUAUCAACUGCGCGAAAGUGCGGUUUCGGGGGCCUGUUCCAGAUAGCGAGGAAAUAGAUACUUCCGUUCACAAGUGGCACGAUGCUUCCAUUCCGGACGAAUUCAUGGCACAAGCAGAUCAGUAUCCUCGCCAGAGUCAUUCCACCCUCGAAGUCGAUAUAUGCGUUCAAGAUAUCCUCAAUCGGCAUGAAUUACAGUAUCGACCCAUUCACCACGACUUCCUAGAGCGAUCGAGCCAGAUGCCCCGAAAUCCCGACGACAAGUUUGUGCCGUCCAUGGCUGGUUUGUGGCGAGAUGAAACUCGCAGAAGAAAGCGUCGUAUGGGUCUCAACGAUACAUCGAGCAGUCCCUUUCCUGAUGAGGUGCUCGUGUCAAUGUCGGCUGACACUAGAGAAACCAAAAGCGGGUGGAUACACGAGGAGGAGUAUCGGGAACUUCUUGAAAAUCUAAUCAAAGAAGAAAGACGUGAGAGAGGCAACGUCGAAUUUGACACUUUCGUCAAGCCUGUUGAAGGUCAAGACCGUAUCAAGACUGCUGUGGAGAGCAUCGAAGAUCUAUACCCCGAAGUUUUGUCUACACAACGGCUUCCAGACGAUAGAUCUGAUGAAAGCGAUGACACCUUGGCGGCUGACGGUGUAGAUCCUUUGAGCAACAACGAGCCCCGGUCUGAUGAACCUGAACUUGAGUGCGAAUAUCAGAAGCAUUGCGAUACCAUCGUGGGCGAGGACAACGGAUUGAAUGAGCCAGAUGUCCAUCUUUCCGACACUGAAGAGCAGCUAUCCUUAGAUCCUUUGACCGCAUCGUUACACAAGAGUUCUAGUGGGAUGGAACUGGAUAAUAUACUGAUCGACGAAGGUAUUGAUCUUGUCGACCCCAGUGACGAGGGUGAGCCUGGUUCUAGCAAUUCCAACAACUCACGGAAACGAACACGAACCCUCGAUGCUACAAGUGAAGAAUACAACAAGCGUCAGAGAACGCUAAAUGAAACACCGAGCCGUCGCGGGCGCAUCUCUCUCCGCUAUGCCAUUGCAAAAGGUGAUGAUUCAAGAGCGAGCGCUUUGCAGGAAAAUUCUGGAGACGAGCCACCUCAAUCCAAACAGGAUUCACAGGCAAGUAUCAAAGCCCAGGGCCGUGGAGGACCGACUACGCUUGCAUUUCCUGUAGUUAAAAACCCAAAUGCACCGGAGACUAUGCAUCGCUUGAGUCAAUCCGGCUACUCCAACUCCCAAGACGGUCCUAAGACACCUGCUAAGCAUCUCCGGAUGAGGGCCUCACAGCACUCUCCAGUCACUCCAUGGACAAAUGAUAAACUUACACCUGUGGUAUCGAGCAGCAGUACACCGAAAUUUGGUUCCCAAGCGAUCUCUCUAGCAAAGCAAUUGGGAACGUCGAGCCGUAACACUACCCUCUAUUAUGCUUCCCUACCUCCGUCAGCCGACCUCGUGGGGAACACUAUGAUGCACGCCGGGCUGCCGCCUGUAAUUUAUCAAGAUGCCUAUCAUAGCAACGAGAAGGACGUUCCGGAUCGACCUCGUGAGUAUGCGGGUCGUGAGUUCAAACUACAAAGCACGACACUACCUUAUCUUCCUCCUUUUGAUCCAACCGGUAAAUCUCUCUCCAGUACUGGGGAACAUCCACCGGUAAUGGUAGACAAAAAGGAACAAGCUGCAAUGGACAAGGCUAGAGCGCAACGUUGCAGCUUGCGUCAUUGGGAAAUCUCCAAACCUCCACCAUCUUUUGAAGAAGUGGAAGACUGGACAAAUCGGCAAGCAAAGCAGCGUAAAUUGGCAAAGUCAAAAUCAAAAAACGAAACUGCCUCUCCCCUGCGGAAAUUCAAUCCUAUGAGUCAUCUCUCACAGAUCGAAGGUCCGACGCAGAAGAAUCAAUACGGCUUCAAGUACUGUCAGAAGCAGAAGUCAACCAGUGUUAAGCACGACGUCCAAUAUAUGAGCAUCAUGAGCUUGGAGGUCCACGUCAACUCUCGAGGCUCUCUGGUGCCUGACGCUGCUGAAGAUGAGAUUCAGUGUAUCUUCUGGAGCGUGCAAGGUGAGGAGAAUGCGACCACCGACCGCCCCCACGCGGGUAUACUUUGCUUCUCUGACGAAGAUGGAAUUGCUGUUCGCAUCGCGAAACAGGUCCGGGUAGACGUCGAGUACGAAGAGGACGAGCUGGACCUCAUCAAUCGCCUCGUUGACAUUGUGCGUCAGUUUGAUCCGGAUAUUCUCACUGGAUACGAAGUACAUAAUGGUUCAUGGGGCUAUCUUAUAGAACGCGCGAGAAUGAAGUACGAGUACAACCUGUGCGAGGAAAUCAGUAGGGUUAGGUCGCUGUCUCCCGGUAAGGUUGGAAAAGACGCGGAUCGUUGGGGCUUUACGCAUACCUCCACUAUCCGGGUGACCGGUCGCCACAUGAUCAACAUCUGGAGAGCGAUGCGCGGAGAAUUGAAUCUGCUACAGUACACGAUGGAAAAUGUGGUGUUUCAUCUACUACACAAGCGCAUACCACACUAUCAGCACUCGGAUCUCACUACUUGGUACACGAACGGUAGACCACGAGAUCUGACAAAGGUCAUCAAUUACUUCACCACGCGCGUACAGCUCAAUCUGGACAUCCUAGAAGCAAAUGAUAUUGUACCACGUACCAGCGAACAAGCUCGUCUGCUUGGUGUCGACUUCUUCGCAGUCAUCUCGCGCGGUUCACAGUUCAAGGUUGAGUCGACCAUGUUCCGUAUUGCAAAGCCGGAAAACUUCAUCCUUGUAUCUCCAAGCCGGAAGCAAGUCGGUCAGCAGAACGCUCUUGAGUGUUUGCCUUUGGUCAUGGAACCUCAGAGUGCUUUCUACACCAGCCCAGUCUUAGUCCUGGACUUCCAAUCACUUUAUCCCAGUGUAAUGAUAGCAUACAACUACUGCUACUCUACUUGUCUUGGGCGGAUUGUCAACUGGCGUGGGCGCAAUAAGAUGGGCUUCAUGGACUUUAAGCGAGAGCCCCAAUUGCUAGAGUUGGUCAAGGAUCAUAUCAACAUUGCGCCAAAUGGUAUGAUGUAUGUCAAGCCGGAAAUGCGCAAGUCGCUGCUAGCGAAGAUGCUUGGGGAGAUUCUGGAGACUCGCGUUAUGGUCAAGAGCGGCAUGAAGCAGGACAAGAACGAUAAAACACUGCAGCAACUGUUAAACAACAGGCAAUUGGCGUUGAAGCUUCUUGCAAACGUCACUUACGGAUACACAUCUGCAUCAUUCUCCGGGCGCAUGCCCUGUUCGGAGAUUGCAGAUAGCAUUGUACAGACCGGUCGUGAGACUCUGGAAAAGGCGAUUGCACUUAUACAUGCCACGCAGAAAUGGGGCGCUGAAGUCGUGUAUGGAGAUACAGAUUCAAUCUUCAUCCAUCUCAAAGGACGUACCAAGGAUGAAGCUUUCACUAUCGGUGAAGAGAUAACCGCUGCCAUCACUGUCGCAAACCCACGACCUAUCAAGCUCAAGUUUGAGAAGGUGUAUCAUCCCUGCGUUUUGCUUGCCAAAAAGCGCUAUGUAGGCUUCAAGUAUGAGCACAGGAACCAGAAGGAACCAGAAUUCGAUGCAAAAGGCAUCGAAACAGUCCGCCGUGAUGGUACGCCCGCAGAACAGAAGAUUGAAGAGAAAGCUUUAAAGAUCCUGUUCCGAACAGCCGAUCUCAGUCAGGUCAAGCGCUACUUUCAAGAACAAUGCUUCAAGAUCAUGGAAGGUCGCAUCAGCAUCCAAGACUUCCUAUUCGCCAAAGAAGUCAAAUUAGGCACAUACUCUGGCAGAGGCCCACCACCACCCGGCGCCCUCAUUGCCACGAAACGCAUGCUCGCAGAUCCGCGCACCGAGCCUCAAUAUGGUGAGCGUGUACCCUACGUCGUCGUUACAGGUGCGCUAGGAGCUCGCCUCAUAGACCGUUGUGUCAGUCCAGAGACGCUCCUACAAAAGAACCACCUCGAGCUUGAUGCAGAGUACUACAUUUCCAAAAAUCUGAUCCCACCACUUGAGCGCAUUUUCAACCUCGUUGGCGCAAACGUCCGGCAGUGGUACGACGAAAUGCCCAAGAUCCAACGCAUCCGUAACAUCUCGAUACCCGUGGGGUCGAAAUCAAAUGGAAGAAGAACACUCGAAAGCUACAUGAAACCAUCAAACUGCCUCGUCUGUCGCUCGAAACUUUCGUCACCUACACAGCGACCCGGCGCUCAAACUAGUCCGUACGCAGUGCUGCCGCUUUGUGUGAAGUGUAUAAAGCAGCCUGCUCGAUCGCUCCUCGCGCUCAAAUACCGUGUCUUGAACAGCGAGACACGUGUUACAGAGGUGGAUGCUGUGUGUAGGCGAUGCGCGAAUCUAGCGCCUGGCGAGCAGGUCAAGUGCGAUAGUAGAGAUUGUCCAGUGUUUUAUACACGCAUCAAGGAAUAUUCGAAGCUGGCGGCGAUUAAGGGUAAUGUGGAGCCUAUUAUCGGGGCUAUGGAAGGCAUAUGCGAGGAUGAGAUGAGGGAGGGGAGUAUUAGGAGAGUAAGUAAACAACACCUGGCUUGGUAA